AUGUUCUGCUUUUAUCUGCCUCUCCAUCUUCUCAUGGUGGCUUGCUUGUGUCAUUCCAUAAAAGCACCUACCACCAGAUCUCAACAGAGUCUCAAGACUGAUCUCUUCAGUUUCUACCACUCCCUGAUACUUGCUGAUGGUAAGGAAACUACAAUUCACCUGCUGAAGGAUAUACCUAAAAGGUACUACUUUGUUUUGGAGGAAGGCAGAGCCCUCGCACCUUUCACAAUAACAGUGACCCCCUGUGAUGUUCCCAUCGAAUGGAGCAUACUUGCAUACAAGACUUCAGCAAGUUUCCUUGGAAAAGCAGGACGAGGUGAUCAUGAUACACAAGAGGUCUCAAAAUCUCAGAAGUCUCCAGGCAUGGUGUCCACCAUUUUUAACUAUAAGGGAAAUUCUGUAGAGACUUACAUGGGUAUGUCUUCUCAUUCUGCCUUAUACAUGCUAGAGUUCUUAUCCACUGAGCGAGACACACACAUCACGGUCUACUUAAGUACUGACACGACAUCUGGGCACCUCUACCCCGAGCUUCCGAUGGAUCCACGCAUAGAUGUUAUUGGCAUUGGGCAUACAACAGUGACUCUGACCUGGAAACACAGUCCCUCUGUCUUGCAACAUAGAGAAAACAUCCAGUACUGUCUUCUAGUUAAUGAUAAGCACAACUACAAAAGCUUAUGUGCUGCUGAGACAGCAAUCAGAUCCUCUGGAAUGAAACUGCCACCUACACUAGCUUUGUCUCUCUCUCCAUACCUUCUCGAACCACAACAGGUGAUGAUAUUGUCCAACAGUGAACUGAGUAUCAUCAAUAAAGUGAGUAGUGGUCAAGUCCAGCAGGUUUGCAUGGGUACCAGGAACACUUACACAGUACCCAGUCUCAGUCCUAGCACUCAGUAUUAUUUUGAUGUUUUUGUUGUCAAUCUCCUCACAAAUGCCAGUGCUGCUUACACUGGGACAUUUGCAAGGACCCUGGAAGAACCUGAACCUAAGGUGAUGGAGCUGAAAGACAGGAAAGUGAUUCACGUUGUCUUGGAUGGGAAAAAACAGAAAUUCUACAGUCUGCAAUACCAGGCAAGGCACAAGAAAAUACAGUUCACCUUCCAGCUGUGUCGAGGCCAAGUACAGGUUCACAUAACAAAGAAUGGUAAAACAGUGGCUUUGGAAAACAUCUCAGGACUGAGGUAUUUCUCAUUGAAGGGAAAGCUACUGGAUACAUAUGUGGUACAGAUGAGGUCCACAGAGCAAUCCAACUCUUCUCUAAAAGUACAGGUUUCCCCCCACUUCCACAAGCCCUUGUUCCCACUUCUUCCAGAGAGCUUAAAAAUCAAGUCCUUCAGUAAACUAAGGACCUGCAACUCGGUCACUAUUGCCUGGCUAGGAACACAAGAGGAGAGCAAGUACUGUGUAUAUAAGAAAAGGAUUGAAGAAGACCAGGUCUGGAUGGAACUUCAGAGCGUGGACAGAUGCUCUGGACCUGAAUCUCGGCACAAGUCAGAGAAAGUGCUUUGCAAGUAUUUCUAUGAUGUCAACGUCCAGCGAGCUGUCACCACUGAGACCAUCAGAGGGUUGGAUGCAGGGACACUUUACUUGUUUGAUGUUUAUCUCUUUGGGCCAUCUGGCAUCCCUAUCAGAUAUCACAGCAAAGUUGUGAAGACAAGAAAAAAAUGUUGA